UGGGACGAUACACUUCCGAUUUAUUUUUUGCCUCAGUUAAGAGAUUACCCUUGAAGUAAAUAUUUUCUCGGUGGAUGAUUUCAGACAGUAUUCUUAUUUUUAUUUGUGUCGAAACGCAUCACGUUGCCUACAUCGUUUACAUUUGUCGCGCACAGUCAUCGAUUAACUGCAACGGCAUCCCCUUAAAAGGGCAACGGUUUUUGGGCGUGGACCCCGCAAACACAAGCAAACUGAAUCAUAGUGAAGUGCAAUUUGAUUGACAGCUGUCAGCGUGAUGUCAUUCUCCAAAAACACUCUUCAAAGUCAACGGCGCAGGGAGCUGGACGCCCGCAGGAGUAAGUCGCGCAUACGGCUGGGCUCGUGCCUGCAGAGCUGGGUUCAGCUCAAGGAGGAACUGGGUUUCUCUCUGCACUCAGAGCUCGCCCAGCAUCUGCUGGAGAGCUACUUCUCAAGAAUUUGUAUGAAGUGCUCAGGUAACAAGAAAACAGAUGUUCCAAGACGUUUGUUGACUACAGUGGAGUCUUUGCAGGAACUUAUUUUGUUGGUCCACAACCAUGGACAGAAAUGCCCCCUUCCACCUAUCCUGCACCCCAGUAGUGGCCAUGAAACAGAAAAAAGAGCUGUUGAAUCUGAGUCCAAGAACUCCUAUCAUUUGUCUGAGGUGGACAUACGUCUCAAAUACACUUGUGAUAACGACCAUCAUCUUUUGUGGUCUCCUGCCGGAAGGCAGUCUGAGAUGGAGGAAAUCAAAUCUAAAAAUGAGGGAGAUGGGAAUAGUGGAGAUGUGACCCCCGCUAGUCCAAAAAGACUCCGACAGCGAAGUAGAAAGCAGUUGAUAGAGCCAGUCAUAGUGAGGCAAGAGUUGGUGACUCAAGUUACAACCAGUCAACGACAGGGAGGAACAUCUGGCGUUACCCUAAACGAACUAGAGGAGAAAUCGGAGAAAGUUAAAGCAGGGUCUGAGCUUUGUAGAGAUGACAAGAAUGCAGGUGUUACAGUGACUGAGACUGCACAGGAUGCUGUCCCACAGGAAGGAAGUGAUGUAACAGAUGUCUUUCUGUUUCAUCCAAAGCCUAAGUACAUAUCUCUGCAUGUUUUGUUGUACAGUUUGUUUACUUAUAUAACCAAGUCUCCUAGUGAUGGUGAUGAUGAUGCUGCAGUGCUGAAUUUAACCAAAAGAGGGACCCAGAGGAGAGUAGAUGCCACCAAUAACAUUAAAAUAAAGGCAGGAGUUCUUAAAAACAACAGCCUCCAGUCUUUAAAAGAUGACAUGUCUCAGAUCAGUGGCAGGAAGAAAAGGAAAAUAACACAGAAAGUCAUUUUGCCUUGUGAGUUUGAGGGCUGCGAUAAGAUUUUCUCCAGUCGGCAAUAUCUAAAUCAUCACGUCAAGUACCAGCACCUCCAGCAGAAGACAUUCACCUGUUCGCACCCCACCUGCAACAAGUCAUUUAACUUUAAAAAGCACCUAAAAGAACACGAGAAGCUUCACAGCAAUCAGAGAGACUAUAUCUGUGAGUUCUGUGCCCGGGCGUUUCGAACCAGCAGUAACCUGAUCAUUCAUCGGAGAAUACACACUGGAGAGAAACCACUGCAGUGUGAGGUGUGUGGAUUUACCUGUCGACAAAAAGCCUCUUUAAACUGGCACAUGCGGAAGCAUAAUGCUGAGAGCACUUAUCAGUUCCCCUGUGAGAUCUGUGGUCGUCGCUUUGAAAAAAGAGACAAUGUGACAGCUCACCGCAGCAAGAGCCACCCGGACCAUAAUACACCCAACUUAGAAACGUGCUUGUCUUCAUCAGAUGCUGCUGCCAUAGAUCAAAGUACACUAGUAUAACAUUUGUGCUGUUUUUGAAACAAUAUGUCCAUACUUAUCCUACAAACACAAGUUUACAGUAUUACAACUGAGUAAUUGUCAAUGCUUAAAGCCCCAUGAGACUGACUCUCUAUGGGUUUUUUAACCUGUGUGAUGUGUUGAUGUCAGACAGAGGCUGGACUUCUGUAAAGAUGACCUGAAUUGAAUGUUUGUGGAACCUAAACGUGAAUACACUGUAAAUCUUUAUUUGUACAUUUUGUGAAUAAACGUAAUAUUUAGA